AUGAUGAAAUUAACGAUAACAAAAUUCCGUUAUGCGUGUUCAUCUGGUCGUUGGAGAGCAAAAGAGGAGGAGAUGAUAGGCUUAACUUCCAUCGCCAUUUACAGACCACUCAUUCUCUCCUCUCUAUCAGAUAAAACCAAUCCAGAUACUAAACCCCAAGUUCGCCGGAUCAACUCCGCGACACCACUACCACCGCCGUCAAUCCCGGCAGGAAAACAAGAGAAGAAACCCUCAGUUGCAGAAAUAGAACGAGCUAUUGGAGCAGGAAUUUUCAGAGAUCGUGACAUCAACAGUGAAUCUGAGCAAGAGAAAACGUUUUUUGAUUCAAUUUUGUCGAAUUCGAUUGGGAGAACGGAAGGGGAUGUGGAGAAGAAGCUUCGAGAGACUGGUGAAUGGAUAAUUGAUAAAACCGAAGGCCCAUCUCGUUCUACUGGGAAGAAUAUUCUGAAGGUGGUGUUCUUAUGGAUUCUUCCAUUGUGGAUCGUAUCAUUUCUUGUGGCUUCUGGGGUUUUAAAGCUCCCAAUCAUCUCCCCAUUUCUUGAUGAUCUCCUCAUGUGAAGUGAAACUCUCCAAUUAAUCAGGUUCAUAAAGAUAUCAUGAAGAUCAAAGGACCGGUUAAAAAGGCUGUAAAAUCCCAAAAAUGCCGAGUAAAAUUUUAUUUUAAGUAAAUCAAAACCUCAAGGAUAAAAUUGGAACAAUCAUUGCAGAAUAAAUCUCAAUGAGAUGCAGUGCGAUCAAGCCGGACCUUUUCUUUUUGAAACCAGAAGUACCUGAAACAUUUUAAACGAAAACUGUAAGCACAAAGUUUAAUGAGUUCCCCAAAAUACCACAUGUCAUACCAAUCAGUGGGCCCAAUCCUAUGGUAUAUUCCAACCCAACAUACAAUCAUGGCCCCAACCCUAGGGUAUGUUUCAACCCAACAUACAAUAAUGGGCCCAUCCUUGGGGUAUAUUCUAACCCAACAUAUAAUUAUGGGCCCAACCCUGGGGUAUGUUUCAACCCACCAAACAAUAAUGGGCCCAGCCCUGGGGUUUAUUUCAGUCUAAUCAUACAUGCAAAAGUCACAAAGACAAUUAGCAUUCACAUAACGUAAUCUAGUCGGCCGACAUUGGUGCCUUUGACCCACAAGUGUAGUGAAAAGACUCACCUCGAUUGGUAAACGAAUAGAUCUCGCACAUGAGUUGUCGGUGCUAAAGUGCUUUCCACUAAACAUAUCCACAUACCAAACCCUAAUUAGCAAUUAAGGUAAAUACCCAACUCAGCAAGUCCAAAUUCCAAGAUAAAUCGUCGCUUGGGCAAAAGACCAUUUUUCCCUUCUAAGUCCUCAACCCCUCACAGUUAACCAAAAGUCAAACUGGUCAAAAAGUCAACGGUCAACCUUUCGUUGACUUACGCACGACGUACACCUAGCUCUACGUAGGGCGUAAAGCCUUAUCCAGAAAACAGGUGAAAAUUCGGCUAUGCUGGGCGUAGCCUAGAUUACGCCCCACAUACAGUGUAUGUGUAACAUCCUAUUUCGGGUCGUCAGUGGUUAGGGUUCGUGGGCUGCAACCCGGACAUGAGGAAGUCUCGGGGUUGCUACAAGUUGCUAGAAGUGUAAGGCAUUGUGACAACCCGAAACUUUUUCCGUUAUCCUUACCAGUUUCCGUUAAUAAAAUUUGGGUUUUUAUUAAAUUCCGUCAAAUUUCUUAGUUUGGGAAGGACUUUACGUUUUAAAUAAAUAUAUGUAUUUUAUACGAUUCGGAAUAAACCGGGAAUCACACGAAAAACUUGAAACUUCCUCGAAAAAUCACCGAGUUCACGGUCAGGACGGGUUUACGACCGUAAACUCGUGUAGACCGUAAACCCGUUUACGGUCAGGUGGACCCCC